AUGUCAUUGCAGUUCUUUGGUUGGGAUGUAACAUAUGAUGAUGUCUCUCCUUACUUGGAGCUGGGUGCCUCCCAGGAGCCCAAAGACCGGGGUGUCUACACCAUGUACCAUGGCACCAGCGUUGCCAAUGCACGUCUCAUCAUCGCCAAUGGCUUUAAGCAGUCAUCAGGUGGCAUGCUGGGAAAGGGCGUUUAUGUGAGUCGCAAUCAGAGUAAGGCAGACCGCUACCCACUGAGCAUUAACCCGUCGGAUCGUGUGGUGCUAAAGCUGAAUGUCCGUGUUGGUCGGGUCAAACGUAUUGACAAAGACAACCAUCCUAUGCAAUACACGUGGAGCACCCAGGGCUACGACACUGCUUGGGUACCCCCAAACUGUGGCAUGGCAGCGGUGCCCAGUGGCCUGGAGGAGGAUUGUGUGUUUGACCCAACAAGAGUGAAAGUUGUGGGCAUUGUAAAGGCCCCAGACACCGUGCUGGCAGAGCUUAUACAGCUUGUGGCUAACAGUCAGAGAAAUACAUUUGGAGGACCAACAGAGAGCAGUGCUGCGGUGGACGUGUGCUCACUGUGCAACAGAAAGCAGCAGCACAGCGCUCCACAUGUCAGGCAGCCCUGCUGGGGAUGUGGGCAAAACAUCUGCACACUCAUGGUCAAGCACGACUGUCCAGCCAGAUUUUAA